GUGCAGACGGACGGAGGACCAUCACCAUGCCGGACCGGUCGAAGAUGAAGAAGCCCGACGUGAAGCUCGUUUUCCUGGGCGACAUGAACGUGGGGAAGACGUCGCUGCUCCACAGAUACAUGGAGAGGAAGUUCAAAGACACCAUCAGCACCGUUGGAGGGGCUUUUUUCCUCAAACAGUGGGGGCCCUACAACAUAUCAAUCUGGGACACGGCUGGUCGGGAGCAGUUCCACGGUCUGGGCUCCAUGUACUGCCGAGGAGCAGCCGCCGUCAUCCUGACCUACGACGUCACUAACUGGCAGAGCCUCGCUGAGCUGGAGGAGCGCUUCCUGUCACUCACCGAUACCGCCAACAAGGACUGCAUCUACGCCUUAGUGGGAAACAAGGCCGACCUGACUGACUCCAAAGCCCACCUUUGCCAGGACUCGGACGAACUCCCCGAGGACCGAACCGAGUGCGAGUGCGAGGAGGAGAGGACAGAACAGAACCGCAUGUCCACCUGUCCCACUCCUCCUGCGGUCCCCGCAUCCCUCAACGGUUUGCUGCUUCACAAGCAGGUGGCGCGGGAGGACGUGUUGGCCCUUUACGGGAGAAUACUGCGAUACAAAGGCCUGGACGAGAAGAGCAGCCUCCCGGCAGACAAGAUGUGCUUCGAGACGAGCGCCAAGACCGGGUACAACGUGGACGUCCUGUUUGAGACGCUGUUCGAUCUGGUGGUGCCCUCCAUCCAGAGGAAGAGACAGGAGAACGACGCGUCUCCGACCGUAAAUCUGGAGGACUGGAGGAAGGUCAAUGGGAAGCAGGAAAAAUCCAACUGCUGUUAAAGAUCUGAGGCAUCAACGAGGCUCCCAGCUGCAGACUUGUUUUUAUUAGUCGCCAAGUUUGACUGAGCAUUAAAUCCACACUGUGACUGUACUGUUUUGUGUUUGCCUUGGCUGUGACUCGAUAGCAAACACAUUUCCCAUUGAUGUGAAGAUUUAUAUGAGCGCAGAUAAAGGUAGAGACAUUUUUAUAGGAAGGGAAAUAUCACUUUAUGCAAUAGACCUCCUACUUUAAUAACUCAAACUGCGCUUUAAAUAUUCCAAAGAUGUGCCUGUGGCCCCAAAAAACACAUUGAGAAAAGAGUAAAUUACUGCUGUAAAUGUUUUACUAUGUACUGCCACUAAAUGAACUGCACUAAUCAUUCAUUUCACUGUUUAUUGCACAAUCUUGAUCACAUUUCAUUUUAAUCAAACCAUUUUUUUUUUUUACAAAUAUUGAUGUUUGUCUUUAUAUUUUAUUAAAAUCGAGUGAAUGAUGAAAAUGUCAGUGUUUAAUUUUUAAAAUAUAAUUUUAUAAAAUAUAAUAAAGCCAUUUAUUUCCAG